UCGCGAUUGUUGAGCGAUCCGAAGUGCGAAAGGGAGUGCGAGUCGAGUCGAGUGAGCAAGGGUGAAAAUUUUCAUGACAGCAUCAGCAGUGCCUGUGGCGUAUAGAAAGGCAAGUGCUGUCUACUUUUUCUAUCUGUUAAUAUAGAAAAUGUAAAAUUCUCUAGCUGAUUUGCAUUGUUACGGUGUACCAGUGAUGUAACACGAGUGUCGGCUGCAAAAUGGUGCAGAGAAAACAUUGAUUAGAUUGCGAUACGAGAGAAAAUGUUUUGCUUCAAGUGGGUCGAUUACUUGCGUCAAGUGUGAGUUUUGGACGGGCAACGUUUUGCCCUUUGCGAAGCCCUCAAAAGAUUAUGGCUUGCGCGAGUGGGACAAAAUCAAUUUCGGAAAGCAAGUAAAAGUUGCAGCGAAAACUGGGUGUGUGUAAAUUUGUUAAAAUUGACUUCGCAGUGAUUAGUGAAGGAAGUGUGACUAUUUUGAUUGUGGCAAUAGUUUACACGAUACUGUCCUCAAUGGAGAGAUUUAAUUUGUGUCUGUGAAAUGCAGUAAAAUAAUUUGGUUUUCCAUUUUCGAAGAUGAGCUGUGCUCGUGAGAAAGAAAACUGCAAACGGCUAUGAUUGUUAUCUACGGUGGAAAGCAUUAUAUCUGAAUAGUAAUGAUGGGUGUGCGAAUGGAUUUUGAAAUAAAGAGUGGAGGAUGCAGAAAGUCAUACAAUUGUGUCGAUGCGGUUAGCCAAUCCUAAAAGUAGGAAGCAGUUUUAACCAUCAAAACGAUUACUCAUGCUGUGGGGCAUGCAUCCACGCUAAAUUAUAUAAAUUAGUGCCAUCGUGAAGUUCAGAAGACUCCCACGCGAACCUGCAGUUCUCGAACGUAGACCGUUCAUCUGAACUCUGGUUUUCGUAUUUGGUAUUAGUAACCACACGCGUUGGAUAAUCGAAUAAAUCUCUGCCCAUCAUCUGUUCCGGUUCAGCUGCAUUCGAAAACGUUCAUAUUUGUACGCACGAAGCAGGAUACCGCAGGCAGCCGCUAUCCGCAUACUCACGAACUAGAAGUGGAGUCACUACUAUUCUAAGAGUUUUGUAGCUGAAAAGAGCAAAAUGACCAAUUAGCAAUCCGUUGGCCGUCUAAAUGAACAGCAUCAACGGGUUGGAUUAAAUCCCAUGUGCUUGAUGAUGCAAAAACGAUUUACGCGGAUUUGUUUCGUAUCGUGUGGAACUAUUUGAUACGAAGAUAGCAAAAUUGCGUAUUUAAAUGGAUCCAGUUUGGAUAAUCAAUUAGCAAAAGCAUAAGUGCAUACACGAGUGUAAAAUAAAGCUCAAAGCAAUAACAAGCAACAUGUCAUCGUCGAUGAAUGGUAAAAUUGCCAACGGCAAAAUGAACACCGACGACAUUUACGAAAAUUUGCCCUGCCACGAGAGGCUGCGUAACGGAGCAGGUGCUGGCGGUGGUGGCAGCAACGGCACCGGUGACAGCGAAACAACGAAUGGUGCUUCCACAGUGAAAGACGAGAACGCCUCGGGGGGAUUUGCUAGCCAGCAGCACAAUUCCGGUACGGAAAAUAACAACAAAAUACAAAACAAUUCGGCCAUGAACAGUAAAGACAGUUUGUACGCGACACCGCUGAAAAAGUCCGAACGGCCUCGACAGCAGCAGGGGGCAACCCCCAAGGGACGUCCACCGCUGCCUAUGCCAACCGGCCGUGCUACCAGUGCUGCGAAUAUGGAUGAUAAUCUUAACAACAGUAACAGCAGCGAUCGAGAUGUCAAGAUAAUCAACGCAGAACUGGAAGAUCGUCGAAUACGGGAUUUUCUCAAAGACACCACUCAAAUGCACAAAAAAAUCGAACUGCACAAAGAGUAUCAAAUUUCAAACUUUUCCUAUUUGGCAAGAAAGGAGCAUUUCGUUAAUUUGGUGCAUCAGAACGUGCUGAAUGAUUCAUUAAACGCAGGUGCUGCAGCGCCCUCAGAAGUAAUCGAUCAGGCUCUUCUUGGUUACAAAACCUUAGCCAAUGAGGAAGAGGAUAAAAACCUAGAUCUAGACAUCAACGAAUCACUGAAUGAAUUGGAGGCAAAAUGCAACGAAAAGCUUGAUAUGCUAACUAACCUCCAUCGAAAUCGCUCUGCCGAACGAAGUCAAGAAGAUAACGAACAAUUAGACGUAGAUCCUCCGUCUCUCAAUCCUCCGGUAAGUCAAAAGCCAUUGAUCACUAGCCAACCGAUUAACGGUAGAACUGGAAUCCAGAAUACUGCUGGUCGCAACGGUAAGGGACAGGAGCCGUUUAUUAGCUCUGAAAUCAACGCUCAUCUCAAUCGAGAAUGGGUUUUGAAAAAGGUUGCGAUGUGCUUGGAGCAGCGUGCCUGCAAGAAACCGAUCCCUGUUCCGCCAGGUAUGUUAGACCAAGCCGAAUGUGUGCCGCCGUCUACUUCGAGUUUUUUCCCACGAGCAACAUCCACUCAUCAAGCACCGGUUCGAAGUGCUGAUUUGCCUUCACUAGGCUAUCUAGUGCUAGGUUCCAAUGGUUCUGGUAAAACAUCGAUCUGUAAUGACAUCAUUGAAGGUAGUACUGGAACUAAAGGAAUGCUAAACCGAAGACUUCUUGCUUGUUACUUUGUAAACUCGCAAAACCCAGAGUGUCACAGUCUCAGCAUGUUCAUUCGUAGUAUAAUUCUUCAAAUCCUUAGCCACUCGAGCUUCGUUUGCAACAGUUCGACUGGGGUGGUCUCGAACAACGACACGACCACGACCGCUUCAAAUGAUCUCACAAGUGAUAAAUCGAAAGAUGUAAAUCAUGAAUCCUCGGUAAUUAGCAGUAGUAACGAUGCUUUGCCAGAAGCUGAUCAGCAACAAAUCGCGCUGGCCGCGGCGGCAGCGAAACCUGACGAUAAAGAUGUAGAAUACGACAAAGAGCUUGAAGAAGUUAUUCUGUCGGAAAUCAAGCUAAACGAGCGAGUGGCAGAGUUCUGCUCCAAGAAAAAAGUUUGCCGCCAACAGUCGGAGCCCGUGGAAAGUUUAAGUCGUGACAAGGAACAAGCCAGUUAUCAAUAUACAACACAUCCACCGUUGCUGAAAAACGUUCCGGUAGGCAACAAAGCAGCAGCAGGAGACAAACAGCAAAGCAAUAUUUCAAGUCCUGGAAAGGCGAAAGGCUCCAAGAUUCCAGUGGCAAUUGGCAGUAACAUUCGAUCACCGACGAAAGCAUCCAGCCCGAAAGAGUUGCCAAAAGUAGAACAAGAAGAUGAGGAACUAUUGGACGGAGCAGGUGAAGGUAUCGCUGAUAUCAGUGACAUCAAGCUAGAUGAUGAAAUUGCUCGAGAGAUUAGCGAAGACGUUACUGUUGAGAUGAACGAACAGGCAAUCAGCAAAGAUGAUGAUAACAAGUUGGAAAGUGCCAAGUCGAAAAGCCCUAAAGCCGAACCGAUUGCAGCGGAGAUGAAUAUUCCUCCACCGUUGCCAAAAUCAAAGAACUGUCGGCAGGUCAUCGCAGACGGUUACUACGAAAUGCUUCUUAGCAAUCCCGACAUAUUCGAGUCUAUAACAGUGGAUAGUAUAGAGAAAAAUCCGGAUGACUGUUUCAAGAAAGCAAUAUUGUUUCCGUUGUUGGAACUAAGCCCGCCUAAGAAUGCCUUGCUGCUGUUGAUAGAUUCGAUCGAUGAGAAUUACAUUCAAGAUGGAAACCUGAUUUCCACGCUCAAAGGUAAGCAAAUCACAAAGAGUCGAAACAUCGCAGAGCUGCUUUCCAAUCAUAUACACCUGAUGCCCAAGUGGCUGUUUAUGGUGUGCACAGCCAAAAAGCAGAAUAAGAACAUAACCAAGUUGUUUACCGGUUUCAAGAAGCUAACGCUGGAUGACCUGCGCAAGAGUCACGUCGUCAAGGACGUCCAGCAGUACAUCAUCAAUAGACUGAACACGGACUUCCGUGGAAUUAAUCUGACCAAAGAUAUAAUCGAAAGUCUGAAUCAGCUCUACAUCAAGUCGAACGGUUGCUUGCUCUACCUGUACAAGGUAUUGACGGGAAUUAAGGAAAACUUUUUCACUUUCCGAGAAAUUAAACUAAUUCCCUGCACACUGAACGGGCUUUAUCUGUACAUUUGCCAGAAAUCGUUCAACAAAAAGCAGUACAACAAAAUACGGCCUAUCUUGAAUGUACUUUUAGUGUGCAACAAUUACGUAGACAAAUAUUUUCUCUACAACUGUUUGCGCACCCACAACUACAGUCUCGACAUGGAGGAGUUCGAGAAGCGACUUGAUCUGAUGCGAAACAUCGUGGAAUACAGUCCUCGCAACGUGUACGCACUGAAAAUAUUCCACAACUCUUUCUGCGACUGGUUGAUUGACGUUAAGUUCUCUACCAAGAAGUUCCUGUGCGAUCUCAACGAGGGUCAUGUGAUGGUCUCCAUGUACUACACAAUGGUAGCGGAUCAACUCUGCCCGAACAAAUUACGGCUCUAUUUGUAUCAUCUGAUAAAAACAGGCGAAUAUCUGACUAACAAAAACAUCAACCUCGAUCUCCUUCUCAUUCUGUUGGAGACGAAAUCUAAUCUAAGUGACUGUUUCUACACGAAUCUUCUCAACUGUUGUGCUCUGUGCGAGGACGAGUGCAAAAACGACGUUAAUUUAGCUUUACGUACCCGUGCCAUGCUGGAGCGCUACCUGAACGCAGAACUGAAUGAUGAGUUUACCGGAUUCUUGAAUGAUUUCUUCAAACCGAAUCUCCCAACGGACUGCAAAGUACUUAAGCUGCUGAUUGAAACCGGCAUCAACAACGCUGAUACGGUGAUGUCCUGUGAAUCGUCUGCCAUCAAUUCACCAGUGCUGUCGGAUCGCUCACAAAAUAUUGACUCCGAAUUGGCGGAGCUGUUGAUCUCGAGCGAAAAAAGUUGCCAGCAGGAGCUGCAGAAGUCGAUCAAUAUCGAUUUGCAGUGCGGCGGCUUAGCGGCUUGCGCUAUGGGUGCAGGUCCGGCAGCAAUGGUGUCUUCCGAUCGUUUCGACGGUCAUGAGAUGGAUCGUUGCGAGAGUGGAGUUGCCGGUGAGGGCAGCGCCAUCGGAGAUUCCAAGUCGGACAUACAGAAUGAUCGUGUUCAGUGUGACAUGUUCGAUUCGGAGUUGCACAAAGGCAAAGCCCUUAUUCAUAUACUGGCGAACGAAGGCAAUCAUACCCUGCUGGAGAGAGCGUUGAAUGCAUGCAAAGAUCCAAUUGAUCUGGAAAUUGAAGAUCUGAACGGGCAGACCGCGUUAAACAUCGCCGCCCGUAAUGGGCACAUUGAGAUUGUAAACCUUUUAUUGCGUUACAAGCAAUCGCUAAACGAUGGGACCGGGCGGUUCCGAAAGAUCGACGUUAAUCAUGCCGAUCGUGACGGCUGGACUCCAUUACGAUCGGCAUCCUGGGGAGGGCAUACUGAUGUGGUGAAACUGCUGAUUGAAAGUGGCGUCUGUGCGAUUGACAGAGCGGACAAGGAGGGACGAACAGCGCUGCGUGCUGCUGCCUGGAGCGGCAAUGAGGAUAUUGUGAAGAUACUGAUUGAAGCAGGAGCAAAUGUUAAUUCGAUCGAUAAGCAAGGCCGCACGUCGCUGAUUGCAGCUUCAUACAUGGGGCAUUACGAUAUCGUUGAAAUUUUGCUAGAGAAUGGCGCAGAUGUGAACCAUACGGAUCUGGAUGGAAGAAAUGCGUUGUGUGUGGCCGCCCUUUGCGGAAGCUCAGGAUAUAGCAAAGUUAUUUCGACCUUGCUAGAGUAUGGGGCCAACACCGAUCAGACGGAUAACGAAGGAAUGUCUCCGCUGUUGGUUAGUUCGUUCGAGGGAAACUCGGAGAUCUGUGAGCUGCUGUUGGAAAAUGGUGCUGAUCCCGAUAUGGCUGACCAUAUGGGAAGAACACCGUUGUGGGCGGCCUGCACAUCUGGACAUGCACACGUCGUGAAAUUGCUUCUAUUUUGGGGUUGCGGCAUUGAUUGUAUGGAUUCGGAAGGUCGCACAGUAUUAAGCGUUGCCGCAGCACAAGGCAAUUUGGAAACCGUACGACAAUUGUUGGAUCGUGGGUUGGAUGAAACCCAUCGCGAUAAUGCCGGAUGGACACCCUUACAUUACGCAGCUUUUGAAGGUUAUGCUGAUAUUUGCAUUCAGCUGCUCGAAUCAGGCGCUAAAAUAGAUGAAUGUGAUAACGAAGGAAAAGCUGCCUUGCAUUUGGCUGCUCAGGAAGGGCAUAAUUCGGUGCUGGAAGCUAUACUGAACAUUCAUCGGCCUUGUAUUGAUCAAAGGGCGCACGACGGAAAGACGGCAUUCAGGCUGGCUUGCCUGGAAGGCCACUUCGAAUGCGUUCAGACGCUGCUGAAAUUUGGCUGCGACGUAAAUUCAAAGGACGCUGAUUCACGAACCACGCUGUAUAUUUUGGCAUUAGAGAAUAAAUUGAAGGUCGUAAAGUUCCUCUUGGAAUAUUCGAACGCAGACGUAAACAUUCCGGAUAGCGAAGGUCGAACGGCUCUCCAUGUGGCUUCCUGGCAAGGUCAUGCUGAGAUGGUUAAAUUAUUAAUCACACUUGGAAACGCCGAUGUCAAUGCCAUGGACCUUGAGUCGCGUACACCGUUGCACUCCUGUGCUUGGCAAGGAAACCAUGAGGUCAUGCAGUUGCUGCUGUACUAUGGUGCUAUUCCGGAUCAUGCUUGCAAGCAAGGCGCAACGGCUCUGGGCAUUUCCGCUCAGGAAGGACACGAAAAAUGUGUUACCUGUUUGCUCAAGUACGGUGCCAAUCCGUACAAAUCUGAUCACUGUGGCCGAACGCCAAUCAAGUUGGCGGCGAAAUCGAACCGCAACAAUGUGCUGAGAAUCCUGGAAAAUUAUACUAAAAACGACCUGGACGGUGGAAAAAUGGUUCACCAGAGUUUGAAUCUCAAGUCUCCGGAUGAAUGCCCACAGGCAUCCGCACCGAUUCACAACCCAUCGCCGUCGGGUCCGUUCCCGAAUCCGAAUCUACUAAUGCCGAACCACGCGAUGAAUGGUGCUGCAGCUGGCGGAAGCUCAACUCAGAACAGCAACUUUUACGAGAACACCAUGCAGUCCGACAACAGCAGUCUGCAGAAGCGGAAGAGUGUCAUUUCUAGUCAAUCAACUGGCAGCAGUAACGAGCAAGCGCCAAUGUCAUUCACGCAACAGCUACAGAAACACUCACGUCACCACAAUUCGAAAUCACAUCACAUCGUACAGCAGCAGCAUCAACCGAACCACCAAUCGACCAUCGGAAAUGCUUCAAACAGCAACAACAAGUACGGUGGAGCAAAAAAACAUGCACAAAUUUUACCGAAUGUCGAGGAGUACCAGGCGAAUAUCGCUUCCAAUAUUCGGAUGAAUCCGAACGAUGCUGAUCUGUUCGAUCUGGGUUGUAUGUCGCCUCUUUAUGCAACUCCACCGCACUCACCCAGUAGCGAUAUCAGUUCGCCGGGACAAAAUCAGCCUCCUUCUUCGCUGGCUUUGCUGGGAAAACAAUUCGAGGAAAUGAAUAUUAGCUUGUCCAAUAACAGUACGAUCAUGAAUCCAUCGGACAACAAUCAUUUCGCCAGAGAUACACAUAUGCGCAUCAUUCUAGGCAACAAUCAGAAGGAGCCGCCGCAAGGAGGAAAAUCAUCAAAGCGCAGCGGCAUUGCUACCAAUCCGGCUAUGCGGCUUAUACGCAACCGAAUCGACUCAGCGGCCCAGCUGAUUCGACGAACCAACAACAUACUGAGUAGCAGCGGCAGUGGCCAAGGCUCGUCCAGCAUUGGUGUCAAGUCAGGAACGUUUCAGUGGCGCAAAGAGAGCCAAAUGUAAUUGUGGAAACACAGGGAAUUUAGAUUACAUACAUUCAGUACUCGCCGUUUUUGAGAUUGUGUUUAAAAAAAGGCUACGAAAAACAUGCUAAACAAUCAAUUAUCAAGAAAAAAAUCACCAAAUUGCUAAUGGUAGUGGCACUAAACUAGAGAAACGUGAUCGCACAUGCUCUAGAAUAGCGUUUAGGGCACAUACCCAGACGUUUUAAAGGACUCUAUUCACCAAUCAUUGAGUCUCAAUUUCUUCUACUGUUUUACAAUACUAACUACAUUCUUCGUGCCAUGAUUUUAAUCUAUUCGACUCAUUUUACGUGUUUUUUUUUUUGUUAAAAAAUUUACCAAAAUUACAAAUCACUUAAAAAGUAGCAGUGCACAAUGUUUCCGUUUUGUGAGCCAAUCGAAUCCGGCUUUCCACUAUACCAGUAUAUCUCAGCAUCAGCAGCUGUUCAAUUCCUUUGAUUUGUACUUUGUCUCUUUACUAUUCUCCCUCAUAACUCACUGAAGUUGUGGUAGUUGAUAAAUAUGAUUAAAAAUAACGGUUAAAUAAAACAACCUACCCAAAAGUAACGGUAAAAUUCACCAUAAAAUAAACUAAACAAUGGGAAAGAAUAUAGACGAGCAGGUGAAAAGGGAAAAAAGAACACACAAAGGACUGCAAAUUUGGCAGCAGAUAUCGGGCAGAUGUGUCAUGAAAGAUAAUUUUAUUAUGACUGUAUACAAAACAAAAAAAGGAAUAUGUACAAGCAAAAGUAAAGUGAAGCAUUUAACGUUAGAGAUUCCACUAUCGGAGUGAAGUUAUGUAAGCUACGCUGUAGAAGCAUGUAUAAACCAGAAUGAGAAAUAACCUUCCUCUUAUGUCAAGUAUUUAAUACUUUUUGUACGCUAAGUUUAGUAACCCCACAAGAGCAUCAAAGCACGCUUGUAACCGAUCUUAAGUAAUCUAUCACUACGAUUAGUUUAUCUAAGAAUUCUAGUCCUACUUAUUUAAGUUAAUUUCGUCGUACUGUGCAAACAGAUUUUUGUCGAAACAGCAUAAGAGCGCCAUAGCGAAGGAGCCACCGCACUCCUUGCGUAAGCAUUUUAUUUAUUCCGUAUACAUUUUUGUCUCACAAUUUAUACAGUGAACUCGUGUAGCAAUAGAAAUUCCCGGUCGGAAGCAUUGCGUAAUUUUGCUUUUUUUUUCACCGGGAAGAAAACGAACUGACUUUGGAGGUGUCAUUCUUUGAAGAGUAUUUAUUUUUGUUUUGUUGAUACCCCUAUUUUGGCACAACGUACUUUUGUAGAGAAAGCGAAAUGGCAACAAGAAAAACUGAAAUAUAUAGUAGACAUUU